CAGUGCGAAGAGUCGUCAUGGCUGCGGCUGAGCUGACUCCUUUGCUGGGAAACAUAAACUCCACGAGGAUUCGCUUUGCGAUUCCUUUGAUCCUUGUUGCUGUCUUGGCCCUUGUGGGAGUGCAUUUCACUCGCAGUCAAAGGGGCUCCGUGCUCGCCUUCAAGAACCCGAUUGGGAGCGGUGAUGGGGUUGUUCCAGAGAAGGAUUUGUCGUUUGUCAAAUCGGAGGAGGCUCACUUCGCAGCCUCGAAGCAGCUCGAUGACGUUGCUGCUCGUUCCAACAUGAACGACUUUUUUGACAGCAUCGGCAAGAAGCAACAAAUGGAACACGUUCGAAUUAUGAACACUGCUUCUAGUGGCGACAACUCGUUGAACAACUAUUUCGACAAGUUGGCGAACAAGUAUCACUCCGAGCGACGGGCUCACUACUCCGCAAGACUUCAUAACCAUCCGGGAAUGCUUCAUCACGCCGAGAUGGGUGGACACAGUGGUGACCUUACUGGCGCUGUGGACCACGUUAAUCAUCUGGCUCAAAACUCGUUGGAUCAGCAGAGUCAGGCUAAAAUCUUGGCUCAGCGUGCCCAGCGCAGGGCGGCCGAGGAGGCAUCCAGAGAAGAAGGUCAUGAGAAGAGGAUGAGAUACCUACAAGAGAAGAAUCGCGAUAAACAAGUGCAACGUGCAGUUCGCGAUUUGUCCAAAGAUUCCAAUCACCAACCAGCUGCUCCUUCGAUGAAGAUGCGAAUGAUUCAGAAUCUCAAGACUCAGAAGUAUGUUGAAGCGCAAAGGGCAAGAGCCAAUGCUGAGAAGGCUGAUGAGGAGAAGAAAGAAAAGAAUCAGCUCAAGAAGGUUGGAGAUUGGAUCAAGGCUCAGAACAAUGCCGCGAAGAAGACUAAGCAAGAAGAAAUCGAAAAGUUUGAUGAGCAAAAGAAUGACUUGAAGCAGUACCUCGACACUAUCACCAAGAAACACAAGCAGGAGAAGGAAGCUGAGGAGGAAAAGCAAUCUGAAAUCACCUCGAAGGUACGGGCACUGAAGCGCCGCAUGUCAGCAACAAAGAGAUCAAACGAGGAGAAGCCAUUUCAGAUCAAGAAGGUUAACGGCAAGGUCGAGCUUGGUUUCUACAUGGAGAGCAUGUGCCCUGGCUGCAAGUACUACACGUCGACUGUGCUCAAGGAUCUCAUCACAAACACUGACUUCAACAAGCUGGUUGACUUUAAGCUCUACCCCUACGGCAAUGGGCGCAUCUCUGGAGACUCCAUCCAGUGCCAGCAUGGAGAACCGGAGUGUGAAGGAAACACUAUCCUGGCCUGCAUGCAGUCACUUUAUCCUGUCACCGAAACAGACCCUGGCUUUGCACGAGCUUUUGUCUGCAUGGAGGAGAGUGACAAGCUCCCUGCAGAGGAGGCGAAGAGAUGCUCACAAGAGGGCAAGCUUGACUACGAUAGAAUCAUGACAUGCGCCCGAGGCGAUGAGGGCAAGCGCCUGGCCAUGGAUGCGGCAAGAGCAACAGAGAAUCUUAAUCCUCCUCACGAGUAUGCUCCUUGGGUUACGCUGGCUGGACAACCUCUGCGAGAUUCCGCAUACGACUUGCAGUCUGUUGUCUGCCAGUCAUCGACUUUGUCACAAGGCAAUCCGAUCUGCUCGUCGUCAGCCCUCAAAAUCUCAUCGAGCCAAAUUCUACGAGCAAGCUCUGAGACCAGAUCUGUUUGUCGUCCAAAUUAA